AUGGGUCGAAAGCAUGCCGCCCACAUCCGCCCAAACAUCAAGCACCGCCGCUGCCAUCGCACAUACACGCGCCGUGCACCCACCUACGCCACCGCUUUCAACGGCUGGCAUGUCACGCUCGGCGAGCAAUACGCCGCUGACAUCUCGCCUCCACCGGGCGGACGCUGCCUGGAUCUGGCAUGCGGGACUGGACUCGUCACAUUCCCGCUUGCGAAAGCGGUCGGGCAGGAUGGGUUAGUCGUUGGCGUUGAUGUCACGCCGGCAAUGCUUGAUGUCGCGCGGAAGCGGGAGAGGGAGGAGGGGUGGGGCAGGGUGGAGUUUGUGGAGGGUGAUAUAGCGGACUUGAGCGAGGUGGAACCUGUGCAGGACGUUGUGAGGGAAAGUGGGUUUGAUGUCAUUUCCUGUUGUUCGGCGUUGGUAUUGUUGGCGGAUCCGGCGGCAGCGAUCAAGCAUUGGGCAGAUAUGUUGAAGAAGGGCGGAAAGCUCAUUACUGAUGUGCCGACCGAGACGCAUACGCUGCAGUAUCUAUUCUCGUGGGAGUUGAGAAGGGCUAUGGGGCUGCAGAACGAGUUUGACAGAUCCUGGGUCGAGAAUAUCCACUCGCUGGAGAAGCUGUGUGCGGAUGCUGGGCUGAUAGUGAACAAGAGCUGGAAGACUGCCAGUCAAGGUGGAGAAGGGGAGGAAUAUCGCCUUGAAGACGGCGAGGAAGUGUUUGAGCAGAAUGUUAAAAAGUACAGUGAUUUCAUGGAUCUAGAAAAGCUGGAUGAGACAAGGCAGAAGUUCCUCGAGAUGUGGCGGAGGGAAUGUCAGCGGAGUGAUGGUGUGUUCAAGGAUGGGCACUGGCUGUACAUGACGAUAGCUAAGAAGCCGUAG